AUGGAAAUACAGUUCUGUGAUGUGAACGUGGCACCGCACCCUCCCCCUCUCUCCCCCUCACUCCCCCUCUCUCCUCCUGGCUCCCCCUUCCCCCUCCCCCUCUCUCUCCCCCCACUCUCUCCCCCUUUCUCCCCUUGCUCCACCUCACUCCUUGUCACUUCUCCUCCCUCCCCUUGCUUCCCCUUUCCCUUCCUCGCUCUCCCUCCCUCCCCUCCACCUCCCUCCGCUCUCUCCCACUUCUCCUCACUCACUUCUCCUUCCUCCCCUCGCUGCCCCUGGUUUAUUUUCCCUCCCCCCUCCUGUUGUAUCCCCUCCCUCCCUCCCCUCCGCUCUCUCUCCCUAGCUCCUACUCCCUCCCCUUGA